AUGCCAAUAGUGCUCACCAUGGAAGAGUUAAUAGUUGAACUGCGUCUGUUUCUUGAACUUCUGGACCAUGAAUAUCUAACUUCUACUGUCAGGGAGAAGAAGGCCGUAAUAACUAACAUCCUCCUGAGGAUACAGGCAUCAAAAGGUUUCGAAAUUAAAGAACAUGUCCAAAAGCAGGAAGUUGCCAACAGUUUGCCUGCACCACCUCAAAUGCCUCUACCGGAGAUACCUCAGCAGUGGCUGCCACCAGAUAAUGGGCCUCCACCAUUACCAACAUCAUCCCUUCCAGAAGGCUAUUAUGAAGAGGCAGUGCCACUUAGUCCUGGAAAGGCUCCUGAGUAUAUCACUUCCA